CAACUGGGCUCCCAGUCUGUCACUUACUUAGUGGAGUUGUAAUAUUUCAGAGGUAAAAGUGAGAUGAGCCAUUAAUGAUCCCCGAGGGCUCACCUGUCAGAAUCAUCCAUGGCGAGGUCAAAGGCGAGGGUGUACACUUGUUGCGCGCUGAUACUGCUCUGCGUGAUCGCUGCAAUUGUGUGUAUUGUUGUACUUGUGAGACGCAAAUGUCCAGCUGAUACUUUCUCAAGUGCUGCAGUGGCCGCAGACUCUGGGAAAUGCUCAGAGAUUGGACGGGAUAUCCUUCGGAGAGGGGGCUCAGCGGUAGAUGGCGCCAUUGCUGCGCUCCUGUGCACCUCGGUCAUAAAUCCACAGAGUAUGGGCAUCGGAGGGGGUUCCAUAUUCACAGUGAUGGACAGCUCUGGUAAAGUGAAAAUCAUCAACUCCAGAGAGACUGUGCCAAGGAACUUUAAACCUGACCUGCUGAACUCAUGUCCCGAGCCCUUCAAGAUGGUGUUUGGCAGCCAGUGGAUUGGGGUCCCUGGAGAAAUUCGAGGUUAUGAAGAGGCACACAGGCUUUACGGGAAGUUGCCGUGGGCCUCCCUCUUCCAGCCGGCCAUCCAACUGGCCAGAGAGGGGUUUCCUAUUCCUCCAGUUCAAGGUCGCAACAUUCUGCGCAUUGAUACAAACGAGACCAAGGCACUACGGAAGUUAUAUUCUGAUAAAGAUGGGAACUUGCUGAAGACUGGUGACAUAGUGAAGUUUGAGAAACUAGCUGACACUUUUGAGAUGAUCGCAAAUCAGGGAGCAGACGCCUUCUACAAAGGACGAAUAGCAGAGGAUUUAAUCCAUGACAUACAGGAGGCAGAGGGAACGCUCACACUGGAGGACUUGGCAUCGUAUAACGCUACGGUGACUGAUGCGUGGGAUUUUCAUUUGGGAGAGUACCAGAUGUACAUACCUCCACCCCCCGCAGGCGGCAUUAUCCUCAGCCUCAUCCUUAACAUCUUGAAAGGAUAUGGCCUGAAAUCAGAAUCUCUGACAGGUCAGCAAAAGAUUCUGGCUUAUCACCGCUAUGCUGAAGCUUUUAAGUUUGUCAGUGGAUUGAAGAAACACAUCCGGGAUCCAAACUUCAGCUCAGACAAAAUGGUGAGGAAAUUCAUAGAGGACAGCUUCGCCGACCACAUACGGAGCUUAAUCAGCAGCGACAAGGCUCGUGAUCCCCAGCACUACAACAUCUCCUCAUAUCUGGAGAGCAUGGGCACCUCACACGUGUCUGUGCUGGCCGAGGACGGAUCCGCCGUGUCUGUCACCAGCACCAUCAACCACAUAUUUGGCUCCGGGGUUUUCUCUCCGAGGACUGGAGUCAUCCUCAACAACGAGCUGUGUGACUUCUGUGGAAGAGUCGAUGACAUCUAUCCGGGGGAGCAGCCCCCCUCAUCCAUGGCCCCCGCUGUGCUGAAGUCUCAGUCGAAGAUGCUGGUGAUUGGAUCGAGUGGUGGGGAUAUGAUCACGACUGGGAUCGCCUCGACACUCAUGAACCAUCUUUGGUUUGGAAAGAGUCUUAAGGACGCGAUCGAUACUCCUGUUAUUUAUGUUGACUCUCAAAAUACACUGAAGUUUGAAUGCAACUUUGACAAGAAUGUAAUUGCGGCUCUUAAAUAUAUGAGACACAAUCGAACUGCAGCAGAAGAUUUCUACAACGUGGUCAAUGCUGUAGAGAAGGAGGACGGUUGUAUCUGUGCAGUGUCUGAUGCCAGGAAAGAGGGCCAGGCGUCUGGUUACUGAGACUCAGAGUUGGUCACACUGGUUGUGCAGGAUGACCUGAAGGUUACAGAAUGAAACUGUUUAUUCAGUUGAUGUUUGCCAUGGGUCCUAAUUUAAAGUAUCACUCAGUAUCAAGGGGGCACUGUCAGUCUUUUUGAAGACACAGACACAGAUGCAGCAGCAACAGAUUUCCACAUGUGCUCUGUUGAUAAUUUGAGAUACUUCCAGGGGUAAGAUGAUAUUCAAAGUCAGAGAUACAAUACAAUACAUAAUGAAAUGAUGAUGUUUUGUCAGUCUAGAGUAUAACUAUAUAAUGUAGGAUUUAAUAACACCAGCAUUUAGUUUUUUGGCAAAAAUGGCAAGCAGAUAAAGACUGGCCAGAUUUGGUGUUGCUGAGGUUUGAAUGACGGUUUGAGUGUUUAUUUGAGUUAUUUACUGGGACUGAGACUAUACUUGAAAUUACUGAAAACUAAGGGACACCAGAAUCAAAAGAUGGUAAAUAAGUAUUAAGUAAUAAUGUGGACUGUACUUAAAAACUACAUGUUGUAUAUGUUGUAUCUAUUAAUUUUUUUCUUUAGAUGAAAUUAAUUACAUAACUAAUAAUGCUUUGAGAAGAUAUUGAAUAAGUUUUGCUAUUAUUAUUAUUUUGCCUCUUACAGUCAGUGUAUGUUAAAUAUGUUGGUAGGAUGAGGGUUAACCUGAGGUCACUGCUAUUGAAAUCAGCUCUGUAAAUCCAUUCCUUUGUGCCAUAAUGUAUUCUGAACAGUCUGCGUGAUUUCUCUGUGCAGUUUUUCAUAAAUUAUUUUUCAUUUCUGUGCUAGAGCAUAUUGCAGCUGGGGCAAGAUAAUCAGAUCAAGUAGUGACUCACACAAACAGGAGAGCAGUUUCAGAGAAAGUUUGUGAGGAAAUAUGAUGCACUUUCCUUGUGUGUAAAAAGGCCUGCGUGAGCCAUUUUUUCAAUUCACACAAAUAAAGCAAAUAGUUUUGUU